AUCCUGAUCAGAAAUUACAUCAGAGGGUGUUUAUGUGAGCAUUGUCCGUCGCAGAUGGUAAGUUCCAUGCGAGCAGAGGCUUUGUGCGUUGACUGGUGUACUCUCGGCUCCCAGCACAGUGCCUGGCCCAUGGCUUAUGGUGAGGGCUCUGGUGCUGACUGUAGACGUCACGUCCAAAAAUUGAACCUGCUGCAGGGCCAGCUGUCAGAGGCGUCACCCAGCUUUCUGUCCUCCAGCUUCCUGGUCCUUUUACCAGAAUGUCUGUGCAAUCUUCCCCUAAGGUCUCUGGAAGAAUCUAUGAACGCUGACAAGGAAAAUGCAGGUCCUGGGCAGGCUGAGCAUGUGAGUCUGCAGGACCACGCUGGCCCAGCAGGGGUGAGAGAAGGAAGCAGGCGUGAGGACUGGGACGCCGGCCAGCUCACUGGCCCUUGGGGGGAACCACUAUGUCCUGCCCAGCGGGUCAGGGCCACGUCUAAGUGGGAACGAUUUCUUUUGCCACUUGGAAGCUCACAUGUGGACACAGGGCCCCCGACACUCCUGCAGAGGGACCCCAGGCCAGCGGGGGCAGCACAGGCUGAGCAGGGGUCCCCCAGGGCUCAAACUGCGAAAGACGGGGGCCUCAGGACACCCAGUCCACUCCAGCUUCCUUGGGCCACACACACUCCUACAUCUGGGCCCAGGAGGCCCUUCGGGGAGACCCCUGAGCAGUGGGGUACAGGCCCUCAGGCAGAGGGUGGGCCCUUGGUCCAAGGGGCACAGGAGCCCCAACCCGUGCGACUAUGUGACCUCUUUAACACUGGUGAGGACUUUGAUGAUGUUCUGUGAGCUGAGACUAGUAUGUUAUUAUGCAGAUGUGUUAGGUACCUGAGCCCUCCUCCCCUAGACCUGUGUCCCUGAACAGGGUUCCCUGAGGGCUUUAAUUAGGGCUGAGGAUUUAUGGGAACUAAGAACCGACAAUAAACAUGACUUUCAAACGGA